CGUGGAUCCCGAUAUGGAGGCUUAAUUGGGCUGUCCCCUUUUAUGGCAGAAGAAAACCUGGGCUAUUCCAGACAAGCACCUAAUAAAUAUUCUCAAGAAUUCAUUCUCAUCCAAAAAACCAACCUGAUACAUAUCAUUAUCAAGUGUCGUUAAUUCCUGAUUAACAAAUAAGAAACAUCUACAAGGAUGAGCACCAGUUUCUCGAAUCCAGAUUAUUCCGCCAAAAGCUAUCUCGACCAUCGGCCGCGAUAUCCUCAGCAGCUCUACCAGACCAUCCUCGACUUCCACAACACUCCAUCAACAACUGCCGACAUUGCAGACUAUCCGACUCCACAGACCAAGCUUGCACUGGACUUGGGAUGUGGCCCGGGGAUUGCGACAUCAGAACUGGUUCCUCACUUCGAGAAAGUGGUCGCGGUUGACGAAUCGGAGCCGAUGAUCCAGAUCGCAAGCGGCCAUCUACCUCACGUAGACUGUCGAGUCGGAAGUGCGACGAGGAUUCCGAUCGAGUCGGGGACCGUAGACUUGAUCACCGUCGCCACAGCAGCACAUUGGUUCCCUGAUCAGUGGUGGGAGGAAGCUUCCCGGGUGCUCAAGCCUGGCGGCACGGUAGCAGUAUGGACGGUGUCUCAUCAGAUGAUGAUUGAACCGUCUCAUCCAAAAACUCGCGAACUUAACGAGCUGCAAGUCCGAUUGGUAGAGGCCUUCAGGACCUAUUUGACGGCGGGGAAUCAGUAUGUGAUCGAUAUGUACGACACGCUUCCGCUGCCAUCGGCCGAAUUACGGUUCGGGCCGCUCCAGCGAAUCGUCUGGAAUCGCGAGAAAGUGGAUGAUCUUAUGAUGUUCAUGGGCUCGAAAUUCAACAUUGAUACGCUGGUUCGGCUCCUCUUUAACUUCAAGACUAUAUAA